AUGUUCCUCCAGGUCAUACGCCAGCUCAUGGGUGUGGCGCACCCGGGCGACACCAUAGAGAUGGGUUUAUUUAUUGAGAAACCAACACAUACCUCCGAUUCUGCUAGCUCAGAUACACCUCGCCAGGACUCAACAGGACAGUCCUCGCCCAUACACGAACAUACCGGUCCUUUACGAUGUACUUUUCACCUCAUGCAUCGAUACGCCUCUGCUCAUUCGACAAGAAGUGGCGCAGGCACAUCAGAAGAUGGCAGCGUUCCAAACUCACCUCCUUCUUUUCGGACAUCACCUUCUUUCAAGACACUCAUAUUGCGACGACUACUACGUCAUGUCGGUGCCUCGCUUGAGGAGGAUGUCCCGCCGCGGAGCUUCUCCGCUGGGAAAACCUAUGCUCUGACAGUGCAGUUCGAACGCGGAUCCCCCUCGGUUGUGGACCCAGCGGUUGGUGCAUCGCUCGAAGACACAGUAUACCAAGGCUUCCCGGACUUCAAGAUUUCGCACGAACCAACCCUUGAGCAGCUGUCACAGUUUGCUGAAUCGUUGAAGGGUAGGAAAGUGACGCUCUUUGCGCAUUCGAAGGGGUCUUUUGCUCAGCACCUCACGAGCUAUCUGACGGCGUGGGGUUUGGACGUUACACAUGUCUCCACCGAACCAGGUGCAGAUACGCUCCCUGAGCACGUCGAGCAAGUCCCUGAACCGACCUCGAGUCCAACUGCGAGUCGAGAAGAGCUUCCGUCCGCGUAUCUAGACCAGUCCUCAGCGCCGUCUCCAUCAACCUCACGGCCUGCUGUCGCGGACGCGUUGUCCUUCUGUCUUAUUGACGACGAUGUCGCGGUCCUGCGGUCUCGGUUGCAGAAGGCUCGUGCUGAGCAGGCGUAUCCGCUCCAUCUCAACACGCGGAAACGACCUUCCUUGGCAAACAACCACCGACCGCGCUCGUCGCCGCAAGUGGCUCGGGUCAUGGGCCUCACACCCUCGACCUCAGCGCUGUUCGCCCCGCCCCCUGUCAUCGUGCACUUUACAUCCCUCGCGAACUUCAAGCUGGUCAAAGACGUCAUCCAGUCCAUCCUCAUGCCCGGUGCGGGCAACGCUUCGCGCGUACCGGAGGUCAUCGUCAUCCCCAAGCCCGCCGGCCCUCGGCGCGUUCUCACAGCGUUGCACACCGCGAUCACCAAGCCGAUCGUCGACCCCUUCUUCUAUCCCACCGCCACGUCUCCCAUAAGCCCAGGGUUCCCCGCCAUCACCCCGUUCUUCAACGUCUCGGGCCCGGCCAAGUCGCCUGGCGCCCGCUCGGCGACCAGCGUGCGCACGGCCUCGGACAAGUCGGCCAGAUCGCCAAAAGAGCACACGCCGUCGUCCCCGCGCGGCGUGUCGGAGACCAUGGAGUAUUUCUCCGACGCCGCUGCGAGGCUGGGCGCGUCUCCUGCGUCGGGGCUCGUCAUCCAAAGCCCCGAUGGCCAGCCUGCGGGCAUCUUCUUCCAUCCGAAGGCCAAGGGCGGCGGGAGGAGCGAGAGGACGACGACACCGCAGUCGGAGCGCACUGGCACCCCGUCAGACCAUCCCGGCCGCUCAAGGGGAGUUUCCUUCCGCCGUACGGCUGAUGAGGUCAAGUCCGGCUCGUCUACGCCAGAAGUUGCAACGACCCCACGGCGACGCGCGGCGGCAGGGACAGACGGUGAUGCCGGCGCAGAUGUCCAGCCCGUCGAGGGCGCGCCUUCCAAGGGCAAGGGACGGUUGGCACCGCACCGUGGUGAAAGCCUCGUCACCCUCGGGCCGGCUGGUUCGCCUGCUGGGGAGUCGCCUGCAGCGGCUGGUCCCCCGCUGGCUCCGCCGAGGAAGCCUACACAGCCUGACCCCCUCGUGCGCCAUCCAUCUGACCCGCCCCCACCGACGUCGCCUUCACGGCCGAGUCCCCAGCCAGGACGCCGUCUGAGGCGACCCAACAUGGAUGGCCCGUCAGCCUCCGCGCCUUCUACCUUGCAGAAGAAAGGGAAGCCGUCCGACACGAAUAUCGUCCCGCCAAUCAGCGUGCUCAUCGUCGACGAUAACCCCAUCAAUCAGACCAUCCUGUCGACCUUCAUGACCAAACGGAGGAUCAAGUAUGAUGUCGCAAAGAACGGCGAGGAAGCGGUGGCGAAAUGGCAGACGGGCGGGUUCCAUCUCAUUCUCAUGGACAUACAAAUGCCAGUCAUGGACGGUAUCGAGGCCACGAAAGAAAUCCGAAGGAUGGAAAAGUACAAUGUAUUGGGUGGCUUCCCUUCGACGCCGCAGUCCGAAGGCCAGCGGACACCGUCGGAAGCGUCUGCAACCGAGUCACGGUCGUCGACGAUGUCCACGCCUCCGUACAGGUCCUCGGUGAUCAUCGUCGCGCUUACGGCGUCGUCGUUGCCGAGCGAUCGAGUGGCCGCGCUGGCCGCCGGGUGCAACGACUUUCUGACGAAGCCGGUGUCGCUGCAGUGGCUGAACAGCAAGAUCAUCGAGUGGGGCUCGAUCAAGGCGCUGCAGAUGUGGGCGGACAUCCGCCCGGAUGUGGUGAAGAGCAUCUCGUCGGGGCAGGCGGUGCAGGCGCAGAACGUCGCGCGCCGGCUGCACGUCCCCGAGGGACGGCUGACCCCGACGGGCUCCCGGAGUCGGUCGUCGUCCAUCGCGCACAGGGUGCCGUUUGCGGACGGCGCGGGCGCCCUCGCGCGGAGUCUGCUGGCAGAGAAAUCGGCGACGCCGAGUCCGCCGGUGCAGGAUUCCGACGAGUCGCCCGGCGCGUUUUCCAAUACGUCUGGGGGAAGUGAGGCCGUGCCGACGGUGGUGGCGCAGGAUUCGCACGAUCUGGAGGUGGGGCACGCGGUCAACGGAGGCGCGCCUGACAGUGCCGAAGCACCGCCUGCCACAGACUCGUUUUUCCCCCCUGCCGCAGACGCGUCUGCUCCCCCGGAUGCACCCAAAAUCGACAGUCAACCUGGGGCAGCAGAUGCACCUCCUGCCACUCUCUCGUUCUUCCCCCCUGCUGCAGACGCUUCUGAUCCCGUGCAGGCACCCAAAAACGACAGUCAACCUGGGGCACAGGCCAAUUCAUCGGGACUAUCCGCAGACCUGGCAGCAGCGGACGUACCGGAGUUAAAAGAUGCAGCAGAAGCUGCAGAUUCUCCGACGGCACCCAGCAGUGACGAACGGCCGCCCGCGCCGCCUCCGCCGCCGGAACCACAAUGACGGUACGGGGCGACUCUUGGGUUGUUUGCAUGGUUUGCACUUCCCUUUGUAUUACCCUUCCUGCCAAGGGUCGCCGGGUUCUUUCAUCAAUUCUUUUGAGCGUAUAUUAU